CUGGAGCUUUAUCCGUACCCCAGACACCCACUGGCUUGUGCCGAGGUUCCCCACACCAUCCACCAUCAAGUCCACUUCAUCAACUUGUCUUCAUGAACCUUUGUUCAACAUUUACUACAAAGAUUGCGCCAUCCAGUGUGCCACGAAGAUCAUUACGUUUGUCCGCCAAUAAACCCAAAUCGUGAAUACCGCCAUAACUUUGUUUCCGAGCACCGCCAAGAUGGGCGGCAAGAUUGAUGCCUACAUAGACAUUGCAUCGCUGUAUAGUUAUAUAGCCUUCACUCAUAUCAUCAACAAUCAGGAACUUCUCGCAGCUCAUGGAGUCCAAGUAGAGAUUCACCCCGUUCUCCUUGGCGCCAUCAAUGCCGCUUCAGGAAACAAACCACCAUGGACCCUCCCAGCCAAGGCAGAGUACGGCACUUUUGACGCCCGCCGCUCCUCCGCUCGGGCAGGCAAGCCCGGCAUCACCACGCCCGAGAGCUUCAUGGAGCGAAGCAUGACAGUCGGUCCCCUCCGCGCCCUGCACUUCAUCAAAGCAAACUACCCCGACGCAACGUACCAGACGGCUUGGCACUGGUUCCUCCACUGCUUCUGGGAGCCGCCCAACCUCAACCUCACGAAACCCGACGUCCUGGCCAAGGCGAUUGCGGACGCGCCAAAGCAGUACCCAGCGCCGCUCGCCAGCGGCGGCAGCACGCAGGAGAAAUUGUUCGGCGAGGCGGACGUUAAGAAGAUCUUGCAAGGGGCUGGGUCACAAGAGAUUAAGGACUCGGUCAAGGCCAAGACGCAGGAGGCGAUUGAUCACGGCGCGUUUGGCGCGCCGUGGUUCUGGGCUGUGAAUGAGCAGGGCAAGGGCGAGCCGUUUUUCGGGAGCGAUAGGUUUCACUUCAUUUACGAGUACCUGGGUGUGCCUUACCAGGAUAUUGCCAUCUUGCCGCCUGGAGGUAAGGCGACUGCGAAGCUGUAGUCUGGUCGUGUAUACGUUAUGUUUGUAAAUUGUUUAGGGGGUAUCUCUUUUUGUUAUCUCCAUGAAUAAAACGCCGAAUCGUAACCAA